AUGAGCCUGGUGCCCGCCGGCUGCGUGGCGCUGCUCUGGCUGGCUGCUGGCCUGCUGGCAGUCGCCGUCUGGCUGUGGGCCGCCCGCCGCCGGACGUCGAUCCCAGGACCCCCGGCGCUGCCGCUGCUGGGAAACGCGCUCAGCUUCUACCGGCUGCCCGUGCUGUGGGGCCGCCUCGCGGAGCUGCACAGUCGCUACGGGGACAUCUUCAGACUCUACGUGGGCCCGAAGCUGGUGAUUGUGCUAACACAGCCAGAAGACGUCAAGCGCCUGCUUUUGGGCAGCAAACCGCGACAACGCGAACCCUACGUUGCGCACGUACUGCGUACAUUUAUGGGAGACGGGCUGCUCACCAUCAACGGCGAAACCUGGAAAAGACACCGAAAGAACCUCGAGCCGGGGUUCCAUACAGAAGAGCUGGAGAAAUUCAUGGAGAAGUUCAACGACGCUGGGCGUUUCUUGUGCGAGCAGCUGGAGGAAAAUAAAGGAGCAGAGGUGGAACUGUACCACCCACUCAUUCACACUACUUUUCGUGCGGUUGCAGCCACUAUUUUCGGCACCGACCUGGACUGUGUUUUACCAGGUCGUUUCCGGCAGGCUGAGGUGGUUGAUCUAUUGACUGAUUUCGGAAAAACUUUAUCGGCAAUUAUAUACCGUCCAUGGACAACAGUCAACUUGACGAGGUGGAUGACUGCACAAGGUCGGAAACUGUCAAGAUUUAAUACUGUUAUCAAAUACUUAACUGAUCGUGGUUUUGCCUUAGCCAGCAAAAAUGUUGAUGGCCUAAAGGCCAAUGAUAGAACACUCCUCACCUUGCUUCUUAAGGAAGAACAUUCAGGCACGAGAUUUACUGACAAGGAAUUAAGUGAUGAAGCAAUAACACUAGCCAUUGCUGGCGUCGAGACGACUUCUUCCGCGAUGGGCUACGUGCUGUGUGCGCUGGGACUCUACCCGGAAUGGCAGGAGCUGGCACAGCGCGAGCUGGACGGCUGUUUCGGAACAGGGGGUGACUACCUACGACCUGUCACCACUGCAGACCUCUCCCAGCUCAAAGUCAUCGACGCCAUUAUGAAGGAGACUGGGCGGCUGUUCACGACGGUGCCCUGCAUGCCGUACCUGGUGACUGAGGACUCGCCGCUGGCAGGCGGCCGCCACGUCGCGCCCCAGGGCAGCACGGCGCUCAUAGCCUACUACCUGAUGCACCGCCACCCCGAGCUCUUCCCCCAGCCGGACAAGUUCGACCCCGGCCGUUUCCUGGAGGGCGGCAGCGCCACGUUCAGGAAACCCUACAGCUACAUCCCUUUUGGCAUCGGCGCUCGCAAGUGUAUUGGCAGCCGAUAUGCAGUUCUGCAGAUGAAAGUCAUCCUAGCGACGGUUCUGCGGCGCUACAGAAUACUUCCCGGAACGAGCAGGGAGGAACUGGAAGAUAGUGUGCUCUCAAUAUCAUCUCACCCAAUAACCGGCUUCAGAGUUACUUGUAUCCCACGAGAAAACUUGCCCUCCAGUUCAGUGUAA